AUGGCUUCAAGCACCGACAGCGUUGUUCUUCCAGCACCGGCCCACGAUCAAACCUACGUUACCAUCUCAGCCCUUGAAGCCGGUCAGCUUACCCUUCCCGAGAGACUCUUCGUCACAGAUGCCGACCCAGAAAGACGUGCGACAGUCCCAUCUCUUUCUUUCUUGAUUCGACACGAUUCAUCCAAUCUCAUCUUCGAUCUCGGUCUCAAACGCGACUUCUCUGGCUACCGGGAAGCACAACAGCAUCAUAUCGCGCAACGCCAGCCUACCAGUGUCAGUCCGGAUGCAGCUGAGAGCCUGCGAAAAGGUGGACUUGACCCAAAAGAUGUGGACGUGGUGAUGCUAAGCCAUGUUCACUGGGACCAUGUGGGUACACCAGGUGAUUUCACAAACGCGCGAUUUGUGGUCGGAAGUGGGACCAUGCAUCUUCUUGCGAACAGUGGUGGGCCACUUUAUCCAUCCGAGAUAUUCAACCCUGAUGAGUUGCCUGCCGACCGAACGAGUGAGCUACCACCUGUUCGCAAGGCAGAAGCUCUACGCGCAUUCAGGAACCAGUUAAAGGAACUUGAGUGGAAGCCGCUGGCGGGGUUCCCCGCCUCCAUAGACUUCUAUGGAGAUGGAUCAUUAUUCAUCAUUGAUGCGCCAGGACACUUGUUCGGACACAUCAACCUUCUCGCUCGAACAGGACCGAAGAAAUGGGUAUAUCUUGGUGGCGACUGUUGCCAUGACCCACGCAUCUUGAGCGGCGAGAAGGGCAUCGCGCUCUACGACGAUGGGAAAGGCGGGUUGAGAAUUGAGGAACGCAGGGCCGAACUCGAACGGCGAGAAAACAAAAUCAAGGAGCGCCAAGUUGAGCUCCAGAAAUGCAGGGCGCGACUCCAGGAAGCCGAGACUCAGAUGGAUGUUGCUCGAAGCUGUCUUGCCACUAUGGGGCAGAACAACUACGUAAUACAUCAGUACACCGCGGAGACGAACGACGUCUAUGCAGACACGGAUCAUGAUAGACUCUCGAGUCACCCGGCGCCCCCUCCUUAUUCGCCUCCCAACGAUCUCGAUCACGAAAGGAUACCAGCAGCAAGUGACGCGCCGAUAGACGGAGACACAGAUCAACUACACCAGAGAGAGCGCGAUCAUGGAAGCAGCGACUCUGAUAACAGCAGCGAUGACCGCGACUACCAUGAGCGGAGGAGAAAACUCAUCGCAGAACUUCUCCCUCUCUAUAGGGAGAUUGGCAAGUCAAAGAAUGAGCUGACGAAAUGCAAAAGAGAAGCACAGGCGCACCAGAAGAUGAUCGGACUGCUUCGAAGACACAUCCGCCUCAUGGAACAAGCGAUGAGUCCGCUGAAGCAGUUGGCGUUCGAUGUUGGCGAGUUCGAUCCUCUAGUUGAUACCGCGAUAGAGGCCGUUACGGGAGGACCGAUAUCCCUAGGAUGGUGA